UGUGCCGAGCUGCAAGGGUCUGAGUGACUGAGGCAGGGAGAGGGGCUCUCUCCUUGUCGUUAUCCACAGAGGAAGGCAACUGGGGCUCUGAGCCUAGAGGGUCCUAGCUCCAGGGGGUUGAGGGGCACUGCAGGUUUCCCUCAGUAGGCUCAGACUCCGAUAUCUUUGCAUUAAUGAUGGGGGGGAAAUGCGAAAAUGCUACAGCUGGGUUCCCUGACCUGCAGUGUGCCUAUGGGCUGUGGGCCCUGCUUGGGGCGGUGUCCCUGUUGCUGCUUUUGGUACUGGUUGAGCACCUAGCCCGAUGGACCAAAGAGAAGAACAGGACCUUCCAGGGACAGGAAUGCCCCAAAAGGCCUGUGGAAGAGGUACCUCUCUAUGGGAACUUGACAUACCUGCAGACAGGGAGGCUCCCACAGAAGCCAGGGUCCACCCUUCAAGAACAACCUGAAGGAGACCUCCCUCAAGCAAGGGAAGAAGCUAUGUGCUACGCCAGCCUGCAGCUGCAGCCCCCUCUGGGGCGCUCCCCGGGGCCCAGUCCUGGGCCACCUAUCAAGUACUCCGAGGUGCUAAUGGUGUUGGAUGCCGAGCAGCCAGCGCCUCUGCCUCGGCUCCCAGAGCCCGAACUCUAUGCUUCUGUGGGAUCCCAGGCCCGCCGGGCAGCAUUUCCUGAUGAGGACUAUGCCAACAGCCAGCCAGGGGAUGGAUGACUGGAAGACCCAUGCUGAAGUACCAAAUUCAUCUGGGGGGGGGGAGGGAGGAGAGGAAAGAGGCCGUGGUGCAUGGGGCCUGACCUCCCCGCUCAGCCCAGGGUCACUUUAAUUUGGGUUAUGACCACAGGAGAGAGCAGGGGAGAGAGAAGCCCACUCCAAUAUGCUAGGAAGCCAGGGAAGCUAUUCAAUUCAUCAGGGCAUGAGACCAGCUCCACUUUUAGACACCCCUGCUGGGUGGAGAUUGCUUUCACACCCCCUCCCUUCUCAGUCCUUCUGAGGUUAGCCAGUUCCGGCCCCCACGACACAUCUCCAGCUUCUUCGGAAACACAGGAAGUGGUGGUGGUAUCUGGGGGUGGGGGGCCAUGAGUGCCUGGGAGGAGCAGAUGUGCCAGAACAAGCAUGUGCACAUUAGAGCCCCAGAAAGCAAGCAAGGGUACGAGAGCCCACUAAGCUGGAAUGUAUGCACCAAGAUGCCAGGCACCCGCAAGGACAAG